CUUUGGCGGACUAGUCGGACAGGUUGCUACGGGCAAGCUCUCUAGCUCAGGCAACCAGGCUUUGAUUCUGAAGUCUGCUUCGGCGACAGUUUUGUUGUAACCCUACAAGUAUCUGUUGCAGCACUGUGACAGGGGUCGAUCUCUGUUGACAGGUAACGUCGUGGCGCGGUCCUGACGCAACCUGCUUUGUCUCCAGAGUCCUUUUCAAAUUCUUAUCAUCUUCUUAGCCCUGCAGCGCUGACGGUGCUCUACGUACUACGUAAUGCAUGCUACUUCACGUAAUACGCUUUUAUCCUGAGGAGUCAUUUACUCUGUAUGAAUAUUUGCUGCUCAACACUUUAGUCUUUUGAAGGACUCUCAAGGGAUGGAGAUGUGCGAAACUCGCACUCGAGAGAGAAACAAACUUCUUGCUGUUGCUUAUCGAGCUAUAACCGUAUACAGGUGUUAUAGGUGACCUCUCGGCCGGCAUUCGACCUUGACUCUGGCUUGCAAUCUUAUUUUUUAAACCGAAAAUUUGUAUUGGAGUGCGCGUGCGAGCAAGGCCAUAGCAAGGCAAGCCAGCCCAGUGUCAACUGCCACCGGAUUAUCAAGUACUUUGUCAGUUGCACCUUUUUUUGUCGUGAAGUAAGUUAGCUUCGAGUAUCGUCACUGACGAUUGUGGCUUGGAAGUAGUUAGUUGGAACCCCAACGCGUGUCACAUAUCAACGCGACUUGAAGCUAAAACAAAGCCUGGAGGCUACCGUGCGUUGCAAUGCUAGCGCUAGCUGCUGGAAGUGUACGCGAAGCAGGGUGUACGUGCUUUGACUGCCAGUUACACACGUAGUAACACUGUCUGCCGUCGGACAUCGUGUACUUUGCAAUGACUUUAGACUUGUAGUCUAGAAAAAAAACUGAGCGCUGUCACUUGUCAGUGGCCACCACAGUCUGCCGCCGGCUGGUGUGAAUCGUUCGCACCUAUUAGUAUUAUCCGCAGGCCACACACAUACACGCGGGCAGGACGGAAUGGCGUUCGCGCGCCGUUUGCUGGACGGCAGGGACGAGUCUCCGCAAUCAAGGCCAUCUUCGCCGUCCUCCCAAUCGCCUCUUCACAAGGACGAGCGGAAAUUAGCCAAAUCAGGCAGACACUUGUGGAGUCAGCAGGGCAAGCGGGUGUCCAGAACGCCAUCAAAAGAGCAGAAAUGGGCACGGGAGUGGACAGCUAUCCAGAAAAAUAGUACCUUGCCUCGGAGUGGCGAGCAAGCUCUCGACCGUUUGCCAUCCGGUGGGAGCUGUCCCAACCUCGCCGAACAGGGCAGAGGAAACAUUGCCGAUACGAAUAAACACGACUGCCUGCAGAUCACAAGAAGAACUCUUGGAGUUGGAAGAAAUGCAGCUGACGACGAGGAGAAGCGGAAGAAGGACGGGAGGACGACCACGGAGAUACAGCCCCGGGGUCAUCAGCAUCUCGCCAGUGCCGCCAUGCAGCGUCAGUACGGCACGGAGGAGGAGGGUGGCGGCGGCGGCGGUGUUGUCGAUGCACCUUCGCCCGAGGACGUGACGGCGCAACAGAGUCGCAUACUGUACAAGUUGAAUGCGUACACCUCGACGUUUGAUGGAGGAGACGCCGGCGACCUAAUGUGCUUCGACGGACAGAUCACGAGCUACGGAAGCGCAGCUCUGAUCGGAAAUGAUGUGCUAAUUCGACUGGACGAGGAAGGUGACGAUGAGGAUUACGAAAGCGGCGAGCUGUUGACUAGUACGCUGCGUGAGAGAUUGCUAAAUCGCAGUACUGGAUCGCUCGAUGAUCUAACUAUCCGCUCCACUCCACAUCAGCAGAAAGAUUGGGCAGCAUGUCCGUCAGGCACAGGGAGCUUGCCACGCGAUUUCACUGCCGAGCACAGGACCAGAAUGCUACAGCAACCUGCAGUGCCCCAGAACAGCGUAUACAGACAUAGUGUGAGUGUGCCAGUGGGUCGGAGUGGUCGCCACACUCCGCCCAGGAACAUUUUAUCAGCGAUCGAUGGAGGUUUUCACCCGAAACCGUCGUCCAUAACGUGUCGGCACCUCGCCCUGAGACGGGUCAGUUCGCAGCCGUUACUGGAAAAUCAGGAACUCGAGAAAGCGAUCACGCAAUGGCGAGACCAGGAGCCUCUGGUGAAGGACACACAUCGAUUCGCCGUACGCACGUUACUGUCACGAGUAGGAUCAGUGCCGGAAGCGGGACCUUUGACCACGAUGAAUCUGCUGGAGACUCUGCAAGAUAUAUGUUUGAUAGGAGACGAGAGGCAUUCACAAGUCGUCAGCGAAGAGAGUACGAACAUGCCAGCUGGCCAUCAGUGUCUUUCAGUUCAUGUUGUGGAGGCGCGAAGUCUUGCUGCCAAGGACCCGAAUGGCUUUAGCGACCCCUAUGUGAUCAUCGGCAUGGAGAGCAAGACACGGAAGACGCAUCGGCACUUGGACGACUUUUUUCACAUCGGUUUGAACACACGGCUAAACGCCAAAAUAUCUCCGAUGAGAAUGGCGACACGUGCCCGCUCGCACUCCCCGCCGCGGUCUGACCAGCGGCAGAAGACGAUGUCGUCCAUGCUGGGAGGUGGUGAUCCGGGUCACAACGAGGGCAUGUCACGGUACAAAACAACGGAGGUCGUCUACCGCUCGCUCAAUCCCAAAUGGGACGAGACCUUCUCUAUGCGUGUUGAUGACCCGAACAAAGCCGUCCUGGUGCUCUUCGUCGUGUAAGCACUUCUGGACUCCACAGUGCAGGCUGUUGUGCGGUCAAGUGUUGGAUUCAUGUAUUCUGCUUGUGCUGUGUGUGUGUGUGUUUGUAUGUGUGUGCGUGUAUGUG